CUCCCAGGUACUUGAACUCCUCCACUUGGGGCAAGAUCUCCUCCCCAACCCGGAGAUGGCACUCCACCCUUUUCCGGGAGAGAACCAUGGACUCGGACUUGGAGGUGCUGAUUCCCAUCCCAGUCGCUUCACACUCGGCUGCGAACCGAUCCAGUGAGAGCUGAAGAUCUUGGCCGGAGGAAGCCAUCAGGACCACAUCAACUGCAAAUAGCAGAGACCUAAUCCUGCAGCCACCAAACCAGAUCCCCUCAACGCCUUGACUGCGCCUAGAAAUUCUGUCCAUAAAAGUUAUGAACAGAAUGGGUGACAAAGGGCAGCCUUGGCGGAGUCCAACCCUCACUGGAAACGUGUCCGACUUACUGCCGGCAAUGCGGACCAAGCUCUGACACUGAUCAUACAGGGAGCGGACCGCCACAAUCAGACAGUCCGAUACCCCAUACUAUUCAGGUGUACUGGAGAGGAGGCUACGCCGGAUAGUCGAACCUCGGAUUCAGGAGGAACAGUGUGGUUUUGGUCCUGGUCGUGGAACUGUGGACCAGCUCUAUACUCUCGGCAGGGUCCUUGAGGGUGCAUGGGAGUUUGCCCAACCAGUCUACAUGAGAAGGCAUUGGACCGUGUCCCUCGGGAAGUCCUGUGGGGAGUGCUCAGAGAGUAUGGGGUAACGGACUAUUCAACAUUGUUAUUGUCAAAUGCUUGCAAUUUUCUUCAUUCAGACAACGGUUUGCUUUUUUACUAGAAAUAAUAACCAUCUGCUGCGAUGAGGUGGCGACUUGUCCAGGGUGUACCCCCGCCUUCCGCCCAAAUGCAGCUGAGAUGGGCUCCAGCACCCCCCCGCGACCCCAAAAGGGACAAGCGGUAGAAAAUGGAUGGAUGGAAUCAGGCCCGGCCCUAACCAAUCUGGCGCCCUAGGCAAGAUUUUAGGUGGCGCCCCCCCACAUCGGCAGUGAAGUGUAUAUACUCACAAGAAACCGAAUAGCUUUGUCUUUGACCUUUUUUUUUUUUACUUACAACUAUACCUAAUAUAUAAAGGGGUGGAAAAGUGACUAUUACCUGCAGGGCAAACAUUAGCUAACCAGAAGGCAAUAACAAUGUAAACAAAAAACACCUGCUUAAAAGAUCUAAUACAAAUGUCCCUGAGGAAUGUAAGGUGGGAGUACUGUAAUUACCUAACGUUACAUUAUUAUUUUCCAUAACAAUUUAGCCCCCUCCACAAUAUUAACCCGACGUUAAAACAGAACUAGCUAUUUAUUGAUUAGCAAUUGCCGAAUCAUGUAACAUUAGCUUAAUGCUAAAAAGCCAGGUUACUAUCACAUUCUGUAACAGACAAAUCAUUUCAUGUAGGCUAACGUUACCUACCUGCUACCUCUUGUCUUUUUCUCGUUUCUCCUCCUCUUCUUUUCUCUUUUUUCUUCCCUGGGCACCUGACAGUUUUGGCCGUUUUGACAUCUUGUGUUGAUUUUUGGAUGUGGUGACGUCCAAAAAGAGUCAUGAUACGGGAAGGGAGGGGGCGCAAUGUUGUAACAAAUAAUAUUUCUAUUAAAUAGGCUUUACUUUGCAUUUUAAUUAACGUGGGAUUAUUUUUUGUAUUUAGAAAUAAUAGUACCAACUUUUUUUUAUUUAUUUUUUUUCUCCAACAUUUGUGGCACUGGCGUGGCGCCCCCUGAUGGACGGCGCCCUUAGCAUUUGCCUAUACGGCCUAUGCCACGGGCCGGCCCUGGAUGGAUUAACGAUGUGCAGUAGGACAUGGGCAUUAGAAUGGUUGUUCAAUUCGAUUCCUGACACCUGCAGAAAGUGAAAGUAGCUGCUGUUGUCCUGGGAAAGUCUUUUAGCAUAGUUUGUCUCUUCAUAAACACACUGGCCUACUUUGAAAUCAAUGGAUUGUAUAUUAUCAUAAAAUAAGACAUUAUCGUUAUUAAAAAAGGGUUCCUUUCAAACGCCAAAACAUGCAAAAUGGUGUCCUGCAGCCCGUCUUUCCUCAAGGCAGCUUGUGAGGAAAAGCAGUAUGAAAAAGAGAUGAAAGGUGUGCGUCUAUUGAUUUUAGUAGCGGUUGGGGACUCCUGUCUUUAUACUUUGACCCACAUUCAGUAAAUCAGCUCAAAGUCACAACAAUACUUGUAAGGCUUUGAAGUGUCCUUGGUGCUUCUUUUCAAUACCAAAUGGAAUAAUUGGACUGUAUUUAUAUGUUUUUGUGUUUAUUAUGACAGCCCUACUUUGUUGUUGGUUUUUUUAGAAAUGCAUUAAAAGCUGGUUGGAUCAGCAGCCCUGUGUGUGCGCGCGCAUGACUGGGUCAUGUGACCACGCCCUACUAAUGACCGCGCGUCCCAGCAGGCAGACGUCAGUCAGUCAGUCAGUCAGUCAGGUCGGAGGGACAAGAAGGAGCACAACUUUGACCUGAACAGCAAAGAUGAUGACGAUGAAGGUGAGCCACAUGGAGAGCUCGCUGCACUACAACAACGGCCUGGAGGAGGACGAGGAGGACUACAUGAUCCAGGAGGACGAGUGGGACCGGGACAUGCUCCUGGACCCCGCCUGGGAGCAGCAGCAGAGGAAAACCUUCACCGCCUGGUGUAACUCCCACCUGAGGAAAGCCGGCACACAAAUUGAAAACAUUGAAGAAGACUUAAGGAACGGACUCAAACUCAUGCUGCUUCUGGAAGUGAUCUCAGGUGAGCGGUUACCCAAGCCUGACCGAGGGAAGAUGCGCUUUCACAAGAUCGCCAACGUCAACAAAGCCCUGGACUUCAUCACAAGCAAAGGAGUCAAACUGGUCUCCAUCGGAGCUGAAGAGAUAGUGGACGGCAACGUCAAGAUGACGCUGGGAAUGAUCUGGACCAUUAUCCUCCGCUUUGCCAUUCAGGAUAUUAAUGUUGAAGAAACAUCGGCCAAAGAAGGCCUCCUCUUGUGGUGUCAGAGAAAGACCGCCCCCUACAGGAAUGUCAAUGUGCAGAACUUCCAUGUCAGCUGGAAGGACGGCCUGGCCUUCUGCGCCCUGAUUCACAGACACAGACCCGACCUCCUGGACUACUCUAAGCUCAGCAAGGAUGAUCCUAUGGGGAACCUAAACCUGGCCUUUGACUUAGCGGAGAAGCACCUGGACAUUCCCAAAAUGCUUGAUGCUGACGACAUCAUCAACACCCCUAAGCCUGAUGAAAGAGCCAUCAUGACCUACGUGUCCUGCUUCUAUCACGCUUUUGCCGGCGCAGAGCAGGCAGAGACGGCCGCUAACAGGAUCUGUAAGGUGCUGGGCGUCAACCAGGAGAACGAGAAGCUGAUGGAGGAGUACGAGAGACUGGCCAGCGAGCUGCUGGAGUGGAUCCGCCGCACCACUCCCUGGCUGGAGAACCGGAGCCCGGAGAAGACCAUGGGACAAAUGCAGAGGAAGCUGGAGGACUUCCGGGACUACAGGCGCCAGCAUAAACCCCCCAAGGUGCAGGAGAAGUGCCAGCUGGAGAUCAACUUCAACACGCUGCAGACCAAGUUGCGCAUCAGCAACCGGCCUGCGUUCAUGCCCUCCGAGGGCAAGAUGGUGUCUGACAUUGCCACGGCAUGGCAAGGCUUGGAGCAUGCAGAGAAGGGAUACGAGGAGUGGCUUCUCACCGAGAUCCGCAGGCUGGAGAGACUGGACCACCUGGCCGAAAAGUUCCGCCAAAAAGCCAGCAGUCAUGAAAACUGGGCCAGCGGCAAAGAAGUGCUUCUCUCCCUGAAGGAUUACGAAACAGCCACCCUAAAAGAAAUAAAGGCGCUGCUGCGAAAACACGAGGCCUUUGAGAGCGACUUGGCAGCCCACCAGGACCGCGUGGAGCAGAUUGCUGCCAUUGCACAGGAGCUGAACGAGCUGGACUACCACGACGUGGCGGCUGUGAAUCAACGCUGCCAGAGCAUCUGCGACUUGUGGGACAGGCUGGGAACGCUCACCCAAAAAAGGAGAGAGGCUCUGGAGCGCACAGAUAAGCUGCUGGAGACCAUCGAUCAGUUGUUCCUGGAGUUUGCUAAGCGCUCGGCGCCUUUCAACAACUGGAUGGAGGGCGCCAUGGAGGACCUGCAGGACAUGUUUAUGGUGCACGCUGUAGAGGAAGUCCAGAGUCUAAUUGCGGCUCACGAGCAGUUCAAAGCCACUCUCCCAGAGGCGGAUGCUGAGCGACAGGCCAUCUUGGGAAUCCACAAUGAGGUGCAGAAAAUCUCCCAGAGCUAUGGGAUCAGGGCUAACAUUAUCAACCCCUACAGCACCCUCACCACUGACGAGCUCCUCAGCAAAUGGGAGAAGGUCAAGAAGUUGGUUCCUCAGAGGGACAGUGCCUUGCAGGAAGAGAUGGCACGCCAGCAUUCCCAUGAAAGGUUGAGGCGGCAGUUUGCUGCGCAGGCUAACCUCAUUGGACCCUGGAUCCAGACCAGGAUGGAGGAAAUCGGACGCUGCGCCCUGGAGAUAGGGGGCACUCUGGAGGACCAGAUGACCAAACUGAAGCAGUGCGAGCACGUCAUCGUGGCUUACAAGCCCAACAUGGACAAGCUGGAGGGAGACCACCAGCUCAUCCAGGAGUCGCUGGUGUUUGACAACAAGCACACCAACUACACCAUGGAGCACAUCCGCGUGGGCUGGGAGCUGCUCCUCACCACCGUCGCCCGCACCAUCAACGAGAUCGAAACCCACAUCCUGACCCGUGACGCCAAAGGCAUCAGUCAGCAGCAGAUGAAGGAAUUCCGAUCUUCCUUCAACCACUUCGAUCGGAAAAAGAACGGAGCCAUGGAGACGGAUGACUUCCGAGCCUGCCUCAUCUCCAUGGGCUAUGAUCUGGGCGAGGUGGAGUUUGCCCGUAUAAUGAUCCUAGUCGACCCCAACGGGACCGGGAUCGUCUCCUUCCAGUCUUUCAUCGACUUCAUGACCAGAGAAACCGCCGAUACCGACACGGCGGAUCAGGUUGUGGCAUCCUUCCGCAUCCUGGCUUCUGACAAGCCUUACAUCCUGGUGGAGGAGCUGAGGAGAGAACUUCCUCCCGAGCAAGCAGAGUAUUGCAUCAUGAGGAUGCCGCCAUACACCGGCCACGGAGGGCCACCGGGGGCGCUAGACUACACCGCUUUCUCCACCGCCCUUUACGGAGAGAGCGACCUUUAAUCCUCGCAGCGUGGUCCCUCCUCCCAGUUGUUGGUGUAUGCCGUGCAGGGAAGCUGCCAUGAGGGGAGAUUCAAUUGUGUUGAAAUGUGUGUGUGUUGAUUUGUGAAAAAGAGGCUGAAUAGUUGAAAAUGUCAUGCAUUGUUUGAACCUU